CGAGCAUCGAGCUUCCACCAACCAGCGGCCGCGCCGGACCGGUGCGAGUGCGCGCGCAUCUCGGCGCAGGUUCGAAUCUCCGGCGCUGUGCUGCAGCUUCCCAACGUCCCUGGCGCCCUCGGGACGCCCUCCGCCCUCCCGCCGCUGUCCGCGCGCCCGCCGCCCACCCCCGGCCCAUGGCCAAGCGGCGUGCGGCUGAGCCGCUCGCGUUCCGCGUGCCUUGGAAGCGGCUCCUGCUCAGCGACUUCCCCGAGGAGCCGCCGCUCUGGGUCCAGCCGUCUGGGGCGGCUCGGCCCCGCAAACGCCAGGGAGACGCGGGGACCAUGGCGGAGCCUGCAGCUGCGCCCCGCAAGCGACGCGGCGGCGGGGACGGCGGCCAGGAGCUGCGGGGCUGUGGCCUGGAACCGGGAGAGCCACCUCCGGACGAGCUGGAGGAACCCCGGGUCAGCCGGGCCCCGGGGAGCGGCGACGGGGUGGAGAGCGCCAGCAGCCCGCCGGGAGCCGUCGGGGCGCACGGCCAGCACAGUGAGGAGUUUUGGCAGUAUAAUACAUUCCAGUACUGGAGGAACCCGCUACCACCUAUCGACCUGGCAGCUCUUGAAGAUGUGAGUGCAAACAGCCUGACGGGAACACUUCAGGACAAGAAUGAAGGAGUUGAGGUUGACAUGGAGUCCUGACAGGAGGAGCUGAAGACGAGAUCCAUUGAGCAUGAGGAGACCUAAGGGAAAAGUUAUUUUCCAUACUUGACAUGAUACUGUUUUUAAACCUGAAGAAUGAAGAAUUUUGAAGCUAAAUAAUUGAGCUUACUACUUCAUCUCCGAGUGGAGAGUUGUCAAGGAUAUGGCACAGCUGGAGGCAAGGCUUUGUGUCUGCGUUUUUAAUGAAAGAGUUUUGCUCGCGCUUUAACUUUGAAGAUGUUUAUCUUGGAAAGGGGGGUUUGGGCAGUUUUAGAGGGAACAUUCACAUCUUCCUGUCGUUCUGUCCCGUGUUCUUUUGCACCA